GAUUUAAGCCUAAUCUGCCCAGUGCUCAGCGCAGCAGUCUGGUUGUGGGGUCGGUGGGCUGUGCUGGUCUCCAGGGCCCUGGGGAAGGGCGGGGAGAGGGGUGCCCGCAGUAUCCCCCUCCCCAUGAGCUUGGGGCUAGAGGGGUCGUUGGAGGCCCAGCUGGCACUGGAGGAAGUUAUCCAGACACUGGAGAGCAGCAUCCUGGGACUGGGCCAGGAGAAGGGCCUGAACGUGCAGGACCCGGCCCAGGACUCUCAGCCCACCUGCCUGCCUGCCCGCAUCAGGGAGAUUGUCACCCGCAACUUCUCCCAGCCUGAGAACCCAGCCCCGCUGCCAGCCACCGAGAUGACAUCGAUGCUGUCGCUGCAGGAGGAGAACCAGCUGCUGCAGCAGGAGCUGUCCCGCGUGGAGGACCUGCUGGCCCAGAGCCGAGCAGAGCGCGAUGAGCUGGCCAUCAAGUACAACGCGGUCAGCGAGAGGCUGGAGCAGGCUGUGCGGCUGGAGCCUGGGGAGCUGGAAACACAGGAGCCCAGGGGGCUGGCCCGGCAGAGCGUGGAGCUGCGGAGGCAGCUGCAGGAGGAGCAGGCCUCCUACCGGCGCAAGCUGCAGGCCUACCAGGAGGGCCAGCAGCGGCAGGCCCAGCUUGUGCAGCGGCUGCAAGCCAAGAUUCUCCAGUACAAGAAGAAGUGCUCUGAAAUGGAACAGCAGCUGCUGGAAAGAUCCACAGAGCUGGAGCAGCAGCGGCUGAGGGACACAGAGCACAGCCAAGGCCUGGAGAGCGCUCUCAUCCGCCUGGAGGAGGAACAGCAGAGAAGCGCCAGCCUGGUCCAGGUGAACACUAUGCUCCGAGAGCAGCUGGACCAGGCGAACUCGGCCAAUCAGGCUCUGAGCGAGGACAUCCGCAAGGUGACCAGCGACUGGACUCGCAGCCGUGAGGAGCUGGAGCAGCGGGAGGCAGCGUGGAGGCGUGAGGGAGAGUCUUUCAACGCCUACUUCAGCCACGAGCACAGCCGCCUGCUCGUCCUCUGGAGGCAGGUUGUGGGGGUCCGACGGCUGGUCAGCGAGGCGAAGAUGUCCACCGAGAGGGACCUGCUGCAGCUGGGAGGGGAGCUGGCCCGGACCUCACGAGCCAUCCAGGAGGCGGGCCUGGGGCUGAGCGCGGGCCUGAGGCUGGCUGAGAGCCGGGCAGAGGCGGCCCAGGAGAAGCAGGCCUUGCUGCAGGCCCAGUUGGAGGAGCAGCUGCGGGACAGGGUGCUCCAGGAGAAGGACCUGGCCCAGCUGCAGGUGCAGAGCAACCUGGACAAGGCCGACCUCAGUGCCCGAGUGACAGAGCUGGCCCUGACAGUGGAACGCCUUCAGAACCAGAAUCUGGAGAAGGAUCGGCUCAACAAGGCCCUCACCGAGAAGCUUGAAGCCCUGGAAUCCCUGAGGCUCCAGGAGCAGGCGGCCCUGGAGACAGAGGAUGGAGAGGGACUGCAGCAGACCCUGAGGGACCUGGCACAGGCCGUCCUCUCGGACAUGGAGAGCGGUGUCCAGUUAAGUGGCUCUGAGCGUACAGCGGACACAUCUGACGGCAGCCUGCGGGGGCUCUCGGGGGCCCGAACCCCAUCCCCACCGAGGCGCUCCUCGCCGGGCCGCGGCCGCUCCCCACGCCGAGGCCCGUCCCCUGCCUGCUCCGACUCCUCCACGCUAGCCCUGAUCCACUCUGCUCUGCACAAGCGCCAGCUGCAGGUCCAGGACAUGCGUGGGCGCUACGAGGCCAGCCAGGACCUCCUGAGCACCCUGCGGAAGCAGCUUAGUGACAGCGAGGGGGAGCGCCGUGCCCUUGAGGAACAGCUGCAGCGUCUGCGGGACAAGACCGACGGGGCCACACAGGCCCAGGAGGAUGCUCAGCGUGAGGCCCAGCGCCUACGCAGUGCCGUCGACCUCCUGAGCAGAGAGAAGGACAGCCUGGCCCACAGCCUGCAGGCAGCCCAACAGCAGGCAGAGGAGCUGCGGCAGGAGCGAGAGAAGCUGCAGGCGGCUCAGAAGGAACUGCAGCGCCAACGGGACCAGCUGGAGGAAGAGCAGGAGGACACGGCCCAGGACAGCGCAUGGACACGCAGGGAGCUCGAGCGCAGCCACAGACAACUAGAGCAGCUGGAAGGGAAGCGCUCAGGGCUGGCGAAGGCGCUGGUGGAGGUGAGGGAGGCGCUGAGCUGCGCCACGCUUCAGCGGGACAUGCUGCAGGCCGAGAAGGCCGAGGUGGCCGAGGCGCUGACCAAGGCUGAGGCUGGCCGCGUGGAGCUCGAGCUCUCUGUGACCAAGAUGAGGGCAGAGGAGGCCUCUCUGCGGGACUCCUUGUCCAAGCUGAGCGCCCUAAACGAGAGUCUCGCCCAGGACAAGCUGAGUCUGAACCACCUGGUUGCUCAGCUAGAAGAGGAAAAGGCGGCCCUGCUGGGCCGGCAGCGGCAGGCGGAGCAGGAGGCCACCUUUGCAAGGGAGGAGCAGGAGCGGCUAGAGCAGUUGCGACUGGAGCAGGAGGUGGAGAGGCAGGGCCUGGAGGGCUCCCUGCGGGUGGCAGAGCAGGCCCGGGAGUCCCUGGAGCACCAGCUCCCCACGCUGCACCAGGACCGCUGCCGGCUGCAAGAGCAGCUGGCUCAGCUCUCCCGGCAGCUGAGCGGGCGGGAGCAGGAGCUGGAGCAGGCUCGGCGGGAGAUGCAGCGGCAGGUGGAGGCACUGGAGCGGGCCGCCCGGGAGAAGGAGGCGCUGGCCAAGGAGCGGGCGGGCCUGGCGGUGCAGCUGGCAGCGGCUGAGCGUGAAGGCCGGACCCUGUCGGAGGAGGUCACACGCCUGCGCUUGGAGAAGGAAGCCCUGGAGAGCAGCGUGUUUGAGGUGCAGCGGCAGCUGACACAGCUCGAAGCCCGAAAGGAGCAGCUGGAAGCGGACGGGCAGACCCUGCUGCUGGCCAAGGAGACCCUGGCUGGGGAGCUGGCAGGCCUGCGGCAGCAGAUGACAUCUACAGAGGAGAAGGUGGCUUUGGACAAGGAGCUGAUGGCCCAGAAGCUGGUGCAGGCUGAGCGGGAGGCCCAGGCCUCUCUGCGGGAGCAGCGGGCAGCCCACGAGGAGGACUUACAGCGACUCCAGCGAGAGAAGGAGGCGGCAUGGCGGGAGCUGGAGGCUGAGCGGGCCCAGCUGCAGGGGCAGCUGCAGCGGGAGCGGGAGGAGCUGCUGGCCCGGCUCGAGGCCGAGAAGGAAGAGCUGAGUGAGGAGAUCGCCACCUUGCAGCAGGAGCGUGACGAGGGCCUCCUCCUGGCCGAGAGCGAGAAGCAGCAGGCCCUGUCCCUGAAGGAGUCCGAGAAGACAGCGCUGUCGGAGAAGUUGGUAGGAACCAGGCACAGCCUGGCCGCCAUCUCCCUGGAGAUGGAGCGACAGAAGCGUGAUGCUCAGAGCCGGCAGGAGCAGGACCGGAGCACCUUGAAUGCCCUGACAUCUGAGCUGCGGGACCUGCGGGCCCAGCAGGAGGAGGCCGCUGCGGCCCAUGCCCAGGAGGUGAAGAGGCUGCAAGAGCAGGCCCGAGACCUGGGCAGGCAGCGGGAGUCCUGCCUGCGUGAGGCAGAAGAGCUCCGGACCCAACUGCGCCUGCUGGAGGAUGCCCGAGACGGGCUGCGGCGGGAGCUGCUGGAGGCCCAGCGCAAGGUGCGGGAGAGCCAGGACGGGCGCGAGGCCCAGCGCCAGGAGGCAGGCGAGCUGCGGCGCAGCCUGAGCGAGGGGGCCAAGGAGCUCGAGGCCCUGCGGCGGUCCAACGAGGAGCUGCGGGCGGCCGUGAAGAAGGCGGAGAGUGAGCGGAUCAGCCUGAAGCUUGCCAACGAGGACAAGGAGCAGAAGCUGGUGCUCCUGGAGGAGGCACGGGUGGCUGUGGGCAAAGAGGCUGGGGAGCUGCGGGCUGGGCUGCAGGAGGUGGAGCGCUCACGGCUGGAGGCUCGGCGGGAGCUGCAGGAGCUCCGGCGGCAGAUGAAGAUGCUGGACAGCGAGAACACCAGGCUGGGCAGAGAACUGGUGGAGCUGCAGGGCCGCCUGGCCCUUGGCGAGCGGGCAGAAAAGGAGGGCAGACGGGAGGCCCUGGGCCUCCGACAGAAGCUGCUGAAGGGAGAGGCCAGCCUGGAGGCUGUGCGGCAGGAGCUCCAGGGAGCCCAGCGGAAGCUGCAGGAGCAAGAGGGCGAGUUCCGGACCCGCGAACGAGGCCUGCUGGGCUCCCUGGAGGAGGCACGCGGCGCCCAGAAGCAGCAACUGGACCACGCCCGCAGCCUGGAACAGAAGUUGGAGGCUGCUCGGGCUGAGGGCGAGCUGGGGCUGAGACUGAGUGCGGCUGACGGCCGGGCGCAAGGCCUGGAGGCCGAGCUGGCCCGCGUAGAGACGCAGCGGCGUGCGGCUGAGGCCCAGCUGGGCGGCCUGCGCUCUGCCUUGCGCCGGGGCCUGGGCCUUGGCGGGGUGCCCAGCCCGGCCCCCCGGCCCGCGCUGGGCUCCCCCAUCCGGAGUGCGCCUGCGGGAGGAAGUGGGGAAGGGCUCAGCAGCCCCACCUUGGAACGCAGCCCUGGGUCGGAGCCACCAUCCCCAGGACCUGCCACCUCCCCAGCAUCUCCAGACCUGGACCCAGAAGCAGUGCGGGGUGCCCUCCGGGAGUUCCUGCAGGAGCUGCGAAGCGCCCAGAGAGAACGGGAUGAACUCCGGGCCCAGAUGAGUACCCUGAGUCACCAGCUGGCUGAGAUGGAGGCCGAGAGGGACAGCACAGCCUCACGGGCCAGGCAGCUGCAGAAGGCUGUGGCCGAGAGUGAGGAAGCCCGGCGCAGCAUGGAUGGACGGCUGAGCGGGGUCCAGGCCAAGCUGGUGCAGCAGGAGGAGAGCACGCGGCGCAGUGAGCGGGAGCGCCGGGCUGCGCUGGACCAGGUGGCCACGCUGGAGAGGAGCCUGCAGGCCACGGAGAGCGAGCUCCGGGCCAGCCAGGAGAAGGUCAGCAAGAUGAAGGCCAAUGAGGCAAAGCUGGAGAGCGACAAGCGGCGUCUGAAGGAGGUGCUAGACGCCUCCGAGAGCCGCAGCAUCAAGCUGGAGCUGCAGCGGCGCUCGCUCGAGGGGGAGCUGCAGCGCAGUCGCCUGGGCCUGAGCGACCGGGAGGCCCAGGCCCAGGCCCUCCAGGAGCGGGUGGACUCCCUGCAGAGGCAGGUGGCAGACAGCGAGGUGAAGGCGGGGACUCUGCAGCUGACGGUGGAGCGGCUGAGUGGGGCCCUGGCCAGGGUGGAAGAGAGCGAAGGGGCCCUGCGGGACAAGGUGCAGAGCCUGACAGAGGCUCUGACCCAGAGCAGCGCCAGCCUCACCAGCACCCAGGACAAGAACACACAUCUACAGAAGGCCCUGACUGCCUGUGAACAUGACCGCCAAGUGCUCCAAGAACGGCUGGAGGCCGCACGGCAGGCCUCAUCCGAGGCACGGAAGCAGAGCAGCUCCCUGGGUGAGCAGGUGCAGACUUUGCGAGGCGAGCUGGCGGACGUGGAGCUGCAGCGGGCAGAGGCCGAGGGCCAGCUACAACAGCUGCAGGAGGUGCUGCGGCAACGGCAAGAGGGUGAGGCUGCGGCCCUGCACACGGUCCAGAAGCUGCAGGAUGAGCGGCGGCUGCUGCAGGAGCGUCUGGGCAGCCUGCAGCGCACCCUGGCUCAGCUGGAGGCUGAGAAGCGGGAGGUGGAACGGUCAGCCCUGCGGCUGGAGAAGGACCGGGUGGCCCUCAAGAGGACACUGGACAAGGUGGAACGGGAAAAGCUGCGCAGUCACGAGGACACGGUGCGGCUGAGUGCAGAGAAGGGCCGCCUGGACCGCACGCUCACGGGGGCCGAGCUGGAGCUGGCUGAGGCCCAGAGGCAGAUCCAGCUGCUGGAGGCCCAGGUGGUGGCGCUGGAGCAGAACCACAGCCCAGCCCGGCUGGAGGCAGACGAGCAACAGCUGGAGCUGCAGCAGGAAGUGGAGCGCCUGCGCAGUGCCCAGGUGCAGACGGAACGCACCCUGGAGGCGCGGGAGCGGGCCCACCGGCAGAGGGUGCGUGGGCUGGAGGAGCAGGUGUCCACCCUGAAGGGACAGUUGCAGAAGGAGCUUCGAAGGGGCUCAGCUUCCUUCUCCCUCUCCUCCGGCCCCCCAGAGAAGUGAGCACCCCCAUGGCAGCGUCGUGGAGAGUAGGCCCAGGGCUCCCUCGGCACAGUCCAUCCAGAGCCUCAGCACAGUCCACCCACAGGAGGAGCCGGCGAGGUGGUGCUGGGGGAAGGGGGUACCCGAGGACCAGGCCAGACCCAGCAGCGGCCUCCCAGCCUCCGUAGAGCCCCCUGUCCUUUGUGGGCCCCACGUCAGGCCAGCCCCUCCCCUGGGAUGAGCCCCCGUGGAUCCUGUGAGAUCCUCCCUGAGCCAAAGCCAGCGGGUGGGGAGACCCCGCUGUCUCGGGCCAACCCUGGCGCGCAGGCUCGUGGGAAGAGGAGGGGUGUCCCAGCCUCGGGCAGGGCCAAGCACCCAGGCCCUCCUCUGGCUUCCCAGACGUGUCUCUGCCUUAGCUCAGAGUUUAUUAGGAAAUUCCUGAGUUCAGAGUCCCUGUAUUUUUAUACCUUUUUACAAUGUUAACUGUUCACAACUGUUGCGGUUUUUAUAACAAGAUUCCAUUUUUAAGAAA